AUGGCGACCAUCUCCAACCCCAACUGCACGUUUUUGGACGAACAGUUGAAACGCUAUUUCCUGCCCGUCACCUACUCCGUCAUCUUCAUCGUGGGCCUGGUGGGAAACGUGACCUCCAUCGGCGUCUACCUGACGAAGCUGCGUCCCUGGAAGAGCAGCAGCAUCAUCAUGGUCAACCUGGCGCUGACCGACCUCCUGUACGUACUCAGCAUGCCCUUCCUGGUUUACUACUACAGCCACGGGGACUCGUGGCCGUUCGGCGACAUCAUGUGCCGCUUCGUGCGCUUCGGGUUUCACUUCAACUUGUACGGCAGCAUCCUCUUCCUCACGUGUCACGCAGUUUUCCGCUACGUGGUGGUGACGAGGCCUUUGAGGGCCGCGCAGGUGCAGCAGACGUGUUGGGGAAUCGUUGCGUGUUCGUUUGUUUGGAUCGUCACCGCCACUGAGGUAACUCCCAUGUUGUGGAUAAUAAAGUCUGAGAAACACGACAACAAGACGUUCUGUAUGGACUUCGCCAGCGUCAUAGGGCAGUCUCCUAAUUUGCGCUGGUAUAGCUGGCUGCUCACUACGCUCGGAUUUCUACUCCCCCUAGUGGUGGUGUUCAUCUGCUACAUCGGUAUCGCGAGGAAGCUUGCAGAAGGGCCCGGCGCGAGCACUUCCAGUCGGAUGCGAGCGAGUCGUGUGACCGUGCUGAUCCUGGUGGUGUUCGCUGUGUGUUUCCUGCCGUACCACAUCUUACGUGUGUUGCGAAUAGAAACUCAAGGUGUCAAGUUCAAGGGAGCUUUCCUCAGCACGUUCCACUGGAAGUGUUGGCUGACCAGGGCCCGGUCGCUGCUGCACAAGGCCUUCGUCAGCAGAGCCGGCACUGACACCACUGCUGUGUGA